GAGUUUGGAAAUGUGUGCGGAAAGAGCUGUCGCUUAUUUUACAGAAUACAUUGAACCCCAGCUUCAAAGUGGAAAGAAUGUAAUGAUUGCUGCCCAUGGGAAUUCAUUAAGAUCCAUCAUUAUGUAUCUUGACAAGUUAACUUCUAAGGAGGUUAUCAGUUUGGAACUAUCAACUGGAAUUCCUAUGCUAUACAUAUUCAAAGAAGGAAAGUUCAUUAGGAGGGGAAGUCCUGUAGCACCAACUGAGGCUGGGGUAUAUGCUUAUACUAAGGAUUUGGCUCUAUACAGGGAGAAGUUGGAUGAAAUGUUGAAGUAAUAUGCUAAGAGGGGGGUUUAUCUUUUGUAGUCGAAACUCCGGUGCUCGGUUUGUAAAGUAGGAAGAAAUUCACUUGUGAGAAACAUUUGUACAUCAGUCAGCCAAGAAACCAUAAAAGCAAGCUUCUAUUCAUGUCCAUUUUAUACUCGCUGAUCAGAGUUGUAUCUGAAUCUCUGGUCUCUAAGAAUAGGCGUAUGCGCUUAUGAUAGUGUGAUUACAAUCUGUAAUAGAGUUAAACUAAACUAAGACCCUUCCAGUUUUCUUUGUCUUGAAUA